AUGGCCCAAGUGAUGCAGUACCAGCAGAUGUGCAUGCCGACGAUGUCACCGAUGCCAGGGAUGACAGCGAUGUCGAGUCUGUCGAUGCCCAUGCACCAGCACCACGUGAUGGAGUACGGUGCAUCGGGGAUGCACUAUCACCAGGCUUACAAUCCUCCUAUGGGGUCGCACCAUCACCUGCAAAGUGGAGGGCAGACCAGUUACUGGUUUCCUGGGACGAGCAGCAGUCACAGUCAAAUGUCGGAGCCGUUGACAGCGCCGGCAUACACGAUGUCAACAAUGGCAGCGAGUACGUGUUCCUGGACAGCCCAAGCUCAACUGGGUCCUGCCAUUCAGCAUUAUCCUCUGCCUCCUAGUCCACCUGAGUUACCUGCGAGUCCUCAGAGUGGACACGCGGCUGCCUAUCAGUGGCCUUUGACUCCACCUUCGGAGCACCUCCUGGCGUCGCAGGACGACGCCAAGCAGGGCAGGAAGUGCACCAGGUGCAGGUGCCCCAAUUGUCAGGUGGAUGGCGGGAAUCAGCUGGGGGCUGACGGGAAGAGGCAACACCUCUGCCACGUUCCUGGAUGCGGCAAGGUGUACGGGAAGACCUCGCACCUGAAGGCCCACCUCAGGUGGCACACCGGGGAGCGACCCUUCAUCUGCAACUGGCUCUUCUGCGGGAAAAGGUUCACCAGGAGCGACGAGCUCCAGCGGCACCUUCGCACCCACACCGGGGAGAAGAGGUUCUCCUGCUCCACCUGUGGGAAGAGGUUCAUGAGGAGCGACCACCUGACGAAGCACGUGAAGACCCAUGAGAACCAGAGGAGGAAGUCGGGGAAGAAGGAGGCGAACAAGGAGAACAGCAUCCCUCCUGGGAGGGAGGACGAGGGUCCUGUGGUCCAAUUUCCUGUUGGACAUUACGCCCUGGCGUAGGAAGGAAUCAUGAAUUUUAUUGCUGAAGAAGAUGCCUCCAGGAGAUGGUGCCAGGUACGGUGCACCAGGGAUG